AUGUCUCGGCCCUACGCUACCUUGCCCUCAACCGCAAAGGUUGAGCCAACGCCGUUCAUAGUCUCCGUGCCCAAACAGCAGCUUGAUGAACUUGAGACACUGAUAAAACUGUCCAAGUUGGCACCGCAUACCUAUGAAAACUCCCAGCUUGAUGCCAGAUAUGGAGUCACUACAGAUUGGCUGGUGGCAAUGAAAGACCAGUGGUUGAGAUCUUACAAAUGGCGAGCGUCUGAAGACCGAAUUAAUACUUUUCCACAGUGGACUAUUGAGAUUGAGGACAUAAAUAUGCAUUUCGUGGGGUUAUUUUCUGAAAGGCAGGAUGCUAUUCCCAUCUUGUUGAUCCACGGGUGGCCAGGGAACUUCUUGGAGUUUCUCUCCAUACUUCAACUUUUUAAAGAUGAAUCUACACCAAGCACUUUACCGUAUCAUUUGAUUGUCCCUUCAUUGCCCGGUUACACCUUCUCGUCCGGACCACCAUUGGACAGAAACUUUGGAACUCAGGACAUUGCUCGUGUUCUCAACCAGCUAAUGAUAGGUCUUGGAUUUGAAAGAGGUUAUGUUGCCCAAGGAGGUGAUAUAGGCAGUCGAGUUGCCCGAGAGUUGGCCGUGGACUAUGAAAGCUGUAAAGCUGUGCAUUGUAAGUUCUUUUCGAAAUACUACUUCAAGAAUGAGUGCUCACGACAAAAAGUAAAUGUUGUUUUCAUGAGACAACCGGCCGAAGUGACGGACGACCACUUAACUGAGAUCGAGAAAAGCGGUAUUGAGAGAAUGGCCAAUUUCAGGAUGCUAGGAUCAGGAUAUGCGACUGAGCAUGGCACUCGGCCUAGCACUAUCGGACACGUUGUCUCAACAAGUCCUAUGGCUCUCUUGGCAUGGCAAGUCUCGGUUGGUGAGAAGCUUUUGGAAUGGGUAGAUGACCCAUUGACAUCAGAGCAUAUUCUCGAGUCAAUCACUUUAUACUGGCUCACUGAAACCUUUCCUCGGUCAAUUUAUACUUAUCGACAGAACUACCCCCCUCCUCCCAUUCCCGGGGCCAAUGAUCCUCGUUGGUAUAUUAAGAAGCCUCUGGGUUUCUCCCACUUCCCAAAGGAACUGGCUCCUCUUCCCAGAUCAUGGGUAGAGACAACAGGAAAUUUAGUGUUCUGGAAUCAACACCACAAGGGUGGUCAUUUUGCUGCUCUAGAACAGCCAGAAGCACUAAAGAAUGAUCUCAUCGAUUUUGUUCAACAGGUGUGGCCAGGGAUUUCAGGUGCGAAAUGA